AGGUGAUACAAAUGUAUACUUGUUUCUAACCACACACAUACCAAUAUUUAAACGCAAAUAAAACUGAAGAAAAAACAGGAUCGGUUACGUACAUGGGAUUGAGUAAAUAUGUGGAGGGAGACGAGUUUCGAACUGCUUUCAAGGAACUAAAAACAUUAAAGGCAUGCUUUCCUUCUGUACCAUUUGUUGCACUAAGUGGAACACUUACAUCUGAACAGAAGAAAAACUUACCAAAGCAACUAUGUUUAAGUAACUACACCGUCAUCGAAAGCAGUCCGGAUAAGCCAAAUCUUUUCUUAGAGAAGUUUGACAAGGGAAGUUCGUGUGAUGUGGAAGGUGAAUAUGAAGCAGUUACCCAUGGAAUAUGUGACAGGCUGUUUCAGGAAAGGGAAAAGUUUCCGGUCACAAUGUUAUUUCUCCAAGUGUACUAUAUGAGCCAAGUUCUUAUGUACUUAAAUAGUAUUUUUCAACCCACAAGCAUUGAUACUGCUUUGAACAGUGCAAUCUGCUCAGGACAGAAUGAAUAUGUGAUUGACAGGACAGUGAAUGCAAUGAACCGCAGUGUAAGAGAGUGUUCUAAACCUCUUAACUUGUGAAAGUUCUGAAGAGUUGUGUGGGACGAAGGAAUUUGGCGGGGAAGGAAGAAAAGGGUGAACGAACAACCCAAUAGGAACCUUUCUCUCAAUCAAUCUUUCAUUCAAACAUAAAACAUAAAGAACAAUUGGACGGUUACGGUAAACAGUGUUCACACGAAAGCACGUGCAGCAGUUGGAUAGCCUCGGCCGACUUCGUAGAUAUACAUUGUUAAAUGUAUAAAUCCGAAGUAUUCCGAUUCACCCAACAACAGCAGACGACACAAUGACAAAUCACCUUGACAAUGACAAACGAGGACAAACGGAAAAGUCGGCGCAUGCGCGAUUACAAUUAUACGUUCGCGUGCACUUUAACUAUGAAACGACGCAUGCAAAUUCAAUAUAGGUGAAAACGGACAUAAAGAAAAUGUCAAACUGUGACACAUUUAUGAAUAACCAGCUUUCCGUACUCAUAUUUUCAUUGAAUUGAUUACGCAAUUUAUGACGUAUCUCAUGUGACGUAAUUUAAAUGACGAAACUAGCUAGACGCUUUGGAUUUAAGGACAACAACAAAUCGGACUUGGAGUGUUUUUAUUUAACAAUUAAAUAUUUUUUAAGCAUUUAACGAUUAGUGUGUGUAUUUACGAUGGAUUAUUAUAAUAUAAUGAAUGUGAAUAACAGUGUUGGGAUAUAGAGCUAAAUCUCGAAUGAAACUGGUGAGACUGCAUUUUCGAUUUCGUUU